AAGUGCACUCAGACUCAGAGCAGCCAGUGUGUGUGUACUGUAUUGUAUGCAGCCUGCAGAGCCUCUGACACAUUGUAUCACUGGGAGAACGCUGCUGCUCGCUGAUUGGCUGAGGACAGACACCCAGGAGAUUCAAACUCUACUUUCAUUUUAACACCGCAGCAGCAGCUUCCUUCCAGUGACUGACCGGUCACACUGACUGCACAGAGCGAGGACACUGCACCGGUGACUGCUGCCGGGGAGAGAUGAGGUCACUGAUCCUCCUGUUACUGCUGCCAGCUGCUGCCGCACUGAAGCCUGUGGUGUCGUGUGUGCGCUCAGGUCCUGCGGUACUAGGCGGCAACGUGAGCCUGACCUGUGACUUCCCGUAUCGGAUGGACGUCCUGCAGGUGACCUGGGAGAAGAAGAGAGGCGCCGCACGACAGAACAUGGUCACUCACAGCAGGAAAUAUGGGGUCCGCAUUGCCGAGGCGUUUGACAAUCUUGUCAGGGUCCUACAAGCUGACGCAUCAAGGUCUUCCAUCACCAUCUCUAAGCUGGAGCGGGAAGAUGAAGCUUGUUACAUAUGUAUCUUUAACACAUAUCCUGACGGGGCCUUUACCGGAGAAGUCUGCCUGACACAUCUUGUACCAAGCAAUGAGGUUACGUGCCGAGGCAGAGGAAAGCACCUCCAUAUCAUUAUGACGCCCACAGAGAUUAUGGCACGCCAGUCCCAGCUGGGUACUAAGAGCAUGGUAGAAGGGUCCGCAGUACAGAAGGGCUUAUACAUAGAUGGGAAUAUACACCCAGUCUGCACUUUCCAGGUCCUGGAAGCAAGAAGGAAGAACAGGAGUCUGCAGGCAAACCAUGGGAAUUCAACAGAAGGACUGAAUGAAGUCAUUAUCACACAGUGCAGCGCCUCCGGAUGGCAGAGACCUGUAAUUACCUGGGGCAAUGAGGAGAACGUCGUUAGUAGAGAAGAGAAGUCCAACACAACUAACAACAUUACUACAGUCACAAGUACACUGCACCACUCCGUGUCGUCACUGUCCACCGACUUCAGAGUCACCUGUAACAUAAAACAAGAACCAGCACCCGCUGCGCCACUUACACAUGUGAUGGAUUCUCCUGGGGAAGUUGGAACUGCAGGUUACUCUCAGGUAACAAAGGAAAAGUGGGACCAUCAUCGACUCUCUUCCAUUUGCCGAUCGGUAAUUGUCUGUGUAGCAGUACUAGUAAUACUACUAGUUUCUUCCUAUGCAUUCCACCGACUGCGUACAAAACCUACAACUUCUGCUUCACAACCAGAGACGCCACAAUUGCGGUCACCGCUCAGUAACUCAAAUAACAUAUAUAAGGAUGAGAUUUGCAUAAAGCGUGGAGAAGUGACACCAUCCAACAGCACCAAGAAGAGUGACAGAUCAGACCAAGGAAGCUCGGUGACAAAAAGGAAUCCGUCCAGCAUCAGAAAAGAGAACAUCCAAAACAUCCAAAGGAGACUAGACUAUAACGGUCUUUGAAAGGUCCCGGUUGGUCCGCGGUCUGCUGGGGCCAUAUGUCAGAAAGCGACUUCUGCCGUCCUGACGCGGGGAGAGGCGAGACCCAAUUCUCUGGUUUACAUUAUCAGGAACCUAUUCUAUAAAUGUGACUGGAUAAAUGACCGGGCAGCAUGUCCGCCCCCAUCGCUGGACGACCUUUGCAGCUGGGUCUGAUGCCGACACAGAUUCCAUGGAGCGCCUUAACUAGAAAAGUGCUGCAUCAGAUUAAGAAGUUAUUAUGCUCAUACCUGUAUUAUAAUAGGUAUAUUUAUAUGUAUAUAGCUGUAUAUACUUGUGUGUGUGCUUUUAUGUUAUCCACUGUUGACUUGCUGGUGUGCUUGUCUAUGCUGGCCUUCUGUAUCGUGAUGUCCUGCAAUAACAUUCUGUACCAUGUAUGAUGUAUUAUAUGAUGAAUUGGAAUACCAAGUGAUAUAUUUUUGUAAAUUUGAUGUAAUACUACGUGAUGAGCCAUUUUUUAAAUUAAAUUUAU